CUCCCACACAACUUCUCUGAUCGGCUGCCUUCAAGCUGCCAAGAUGCCUAUAUCUAGUGUUCCAUCAGCAAUUUUUUCUCAAAUGAUAAAUACUGGUAGUGUGCCUCCUCCUCCACUUCGCAGCAUACCACGCUUGAAAAUACCUAAGCAAAUUAAUUAUGGUCAGUUGGAAGCAUUAUACCACAUUAGAAGUAUUCAUCACAGCUGGAGUUCUUGCCCUGCUGUAUCAGCUCACAGUGCAAUUAUAAAACAGUAUCCUAACAUCUUCCUGCACAAAAAAACCAGAUUACCUAAAAUUUUGCAACAGGAGCCUAAAAGAAAAUCUAGUGAUGCUAGAGCUGGAAGUCAAUAUCAAAGUGAUGAUUCCCACAACAUAGCUGUUCAUAUUAGAAAAGCUCAUGGUGGCUAUGCUUUAUAUGGAACAAAAGGAUCCAUAGAAACUUUUGAAGAAUUUCUACAUAUUUUAAAGAAACAGCCCGUUAAAAGAACAACACAUGAACAUAACAUUGUGUGGAAGACGCUGAAGACAGUUCCAGACUUAGCCUCCCAGCUAAAUGAUGAACACCUGAAAACACUGAGCAAGAAGAUCGUUUCUGAAACCUGGGUCAAAGGCAGCAUAGUAUUUGGAAACGAUGGAUUUUACGUGAUUUUGAAAGGGUUAGCUCGACCUUAUACAGCAUCGUGUGAAAAUCUGAAUGAAGAAAAUGACCUCCCCGACUCUAUCACACCUCAGAUCAGUGCUGUUUUCGAUGAAAGCCUAAACACCACUCCACCUGCUGAGAUCUUCCUACCUCCAGUUGCCUCAGUGCUGACACAGUGGAGUACCUUUGGAACUCUGGAAGUGACGCCUGAUCUUGAAUUAGAAACACGGCCACUCUCAGUGGUGACAGAAGAAGAUUGUGAAAUUCUUAAAAUCCCUGCAAAGGACUAUGCAAACUUAAAAUUGGAAAAAGCAAAACUUGAAAAUAUACAGAAGAUGAAAUUAAUCCGUAAGUGUCCUUAUUACGAGGAGUGGCCUACUCUAUCCAUAUGUGAGCUAACAGCACUUAUUAAAUGGAAGAAAUUUCCUGCAGGUCAUGUGAUAGUGGAAAGUGGAAAUAUCAUUUCCUUUGUGGCUUAUAUUAAUUAUGGAUACUGUAAAAUUUAUAGAACUAUUAUAGGACUUGUGAAACUACCAUCAAAUAAAGUGAAAAAGACUCGAAAACUUGUUUACAUGGGUAAACUUAAGGAGAAGGAGUCUUUUGGUGAGAUUAGUGUUCUUCUUCAAGUUCCCUUCUCAUGUACAAUCAUUGCUGGUAACGAUGUUGAAAUGGCAAUAAUUGAAGACAAAGAUUUAUUUGAAUUAGAUGAAGUGACCCAGAAACUAAUGGUUCAGACAGCUAAACCAACUUUUGGCCAUCUGACAGAUGUAAGCAAAGUGUUGAAGAUAUAAUAAUUUCACUGAU